UCGUUUAAGUACUAGUUUAUAAACAAUGGCUAAAACAGCAACUUUAACAUGUAUGUUCAUUUUCUACAUCACGUUUGCUUUAGCAAAACUUCAACAAAUAAAUUCACAGGAUUUGCAACAUUUGAAAACAAAAUGGAUGACUCAUUUAGGUUGUUUCAGUGUUACUGGAUUGGGAGAUUCGACAAGUGUCAAAUUGACAAACAUAACCAACAACCAACCUAAAACAUGUUCUAGACAGUGUGAAAACUGGAAUUUCUUCGCUCUACUUGAUUUCAAUUGUUUCUGUUUCAAAGAAGCAACAUUUAAGAAAUUCACGAAAGGUGGUGUGUCGAACAGAUGUUACAGAAAGUGUCCCAACUAUUCAGACAAAAUGUACUGUGGUUCCAUAGAUAUGAAGUAUGCCAAUCUAUAUAGGCAUGAUGAAGAUUUACCUCUCGAUGUCAUCGAUAAGGACUUCGACUGUCUAACUGUCAGUAAAAACAAAACGCAUAAGGAAAUAAAACAAAUGUCAUGUGACCAGGCUGUUCCGUUUAUAUGCAGUGGACAUCAUAAACCUGUUGAACAGAAAUUGACAUUCAAACAAGCAAAACUCUAUUGUGAAAACUUACAGAAAAAAAUGAUGAACUUUAGCGAAAAUCUACCUCAGAAGACAGAAGACAACAUAUAUUAUUGGGUUGGAACAUUUAGGCAACUUAUUGACCGUCAUGAGGAGACGAUUAUUUACACGUCGACUGCUACAAGAUCAUAUCCGGUUAAAUCAACACAAGAUAUUUCCAAACAAGAGACUACAAUCACACCUGCAAGAACUUUUGAACAGGACACUAUGACAACAGAGAGAACUACAUCUGUAGGAACAUCUGCAAAUCUUCCCACAAAAAUAUCAACGUUCUUUGCAAAGGAAGAAGGAGUCACACAAUCUGGUACUAUAUCGAAAUCAAUGAAAAGUGAAGAUCACCCUGAUGACAUAAAAUGUGGUAUAUUUUGUGUGGUACUAGGUAUUUUUUCUUCCUGCGUUUCCAUUUUGGUAUUAUUGGUGUGUUUGUUCAAGAUCAGAGAAAAAUGGAAUGGUUCUCUAAACAGGAAUGAACAGUUAUCAAAUAGACAAAAUGUAAAGGCAGAACACUCAAGCGAUGAUACAGAUGCGUUCAAAGAAAAUCGACCUGUAUAUCUAGAUCCAUCAAAUCAAAAAGCCGUAUUCCACAAACAAAAUCUGUCGACGUUACAUAUAAAUCAACACAUUUAUGAUGAAGCAGGAAUAUAUUCAAAGACUAACCUUCCUACAGCUAGGCAAGCUUGUGUGUCAGGUUAUCAAGAACUGAACUUUUGUAUUGACAAAACAAAGGAACAGAACGUGCAAGAAAGCGACGACGACAAAACUGUAAAAUAUGAAGACCCUUGGGGUAAAUCGUCUGAUAACAGAAAAGAAAACUCUAAACUGAAACCCAGUCCGAAGAAGAGGUUUUCAUUAGGAUUUCGUUCGUCAAUUUUCCGUCGUAAAGAAAAAUCACAAACCGAGGCAUACGAAGAGACUAUGAUCAAUCAUAAACAGUAUGUAUAUGAUCAACCAACACAAGAGAAAGAACAACGAAAAACUGAACCAUGGGUUAACUAUAAAUAUCGUCCAAGUUUGCCAGUUGGAAUAGGGGGGUUUAUAAUGACAGGCGGCAGGGGGUUGAGUAUUGCAGAUACAAUCCGUUCACGUGAGAUAGAAACAUCUUUACGGAAGACUGAAAAUCCUCCCGACAUUAUUCUGCACAACAGUGUUACAGGCGAAGAUACGGACAACAAUAUUUAUGCUACACCUCAACUACCAAUGUCAGAAAAUGAAAAGGCAAAAAGAAGAGGAAGUCAUUUCCUAAGAAAAAUUACAAGAAAGGGUAUUAAGUCAAAAUUACUAAAAAUUCCAAAAUCUAUCAAAAAGAUUCGACGACAGACAGUAGCUACCACUGAAGACGAAUAUGACGUACCAAAUCCUGUCGGAAGGCCAGCAGCUAAUACUCAGUCAUUACUUAUUGAAUCCAAUGAGCGUCAUGGUCUUCCAGUUCAUUAUGAGUUUGCAUCUCCUCUUGUUAAUACAAACAGGUGCAGCAACUUGGCAUCUGAACAUUUCAUAGAAAGCAAAGGACUUAAGAAAACAUACAGAUCGAAUACAAAAUCGUCACUAAUAUCUCCAUACCAAUUAGCCAAACCAUUGCCGAAUCCAAGAGAACCUCCAGAAGAAAAGGAAAUCGUCUACUUUGAACCUGUAGCCUGAUAAAUGCAAUUGUUAAAUUUGGCUGCUUUUUUUUUAUGCACAUCUAAAAACAACUCGUCCUACAGUUGAAGUAUGACUUUAUUUUAUUUUUAUAUAUCAUAAGGUACAAAUUUUAAUCGUUGAUUUUACUGUCGCAAAUACAGAAUAUAAAAAAAAAAAGAAAACUGGAGAUUUUCAAUAAUUUUAAUUUUUACGUCGACGAGUAAACGAAAUAUGCCAAGUUGCUCCUAUUCACAAGGAUCCGGAUGGGGUUUAAAGAAUAGAGAAUACUGGACAAAAAGAACAGAAUAAAGGGCUAAAAAUUAGAAAAUAGACAAAACAUAGACCCAAAAAAAAGAAUAGAGAAUAAUAGUGUGAUAAAAUAUACCGAAUAGAGAAUAAUAGGCAAAAUACAUAAAGAAUAGAAAAAAAUUGAUUAAAAGAUUAAAGAAUAAAGAAAUAAAGUACCCCAUCCAGACCCUCAUUUAUGUGUUAAAUAAAUUGUGUGCAAUGCAUGACAGUACUUAAUGAGGAUAUGCAUUUUUAUCAAGACGAAUUGAAAUACAAUUUAAUUUUUAAUACUAUCAAAGAAUUUGUGUUGACCAGUUGUAGGUCACAUAUUUAUAUAUAAUGUGUACAGGAUUUUUUUUUCAUUAAUUUUUCUAUUCAGUUAUAUUUUUAUGCCCCACCUACGAUAGUAGAGGGGCAUUAUGUUUUUCGGUCUGUGCGUCCGUUCGUUUGUCCGUCUGUCCGUCCGUCAGUCCGUUCGUCCGUCUGUCCCGCUUCGGGUUAAAGUUUUUGGUCAAGGUAGUUUUUGAUGAAGUUGAAGUCCAAUCAACUUGAAACUUAGUACACAUGUUUCCUAUGAUAUAUGAUCUUUCUAAUCGUAAUGCUAAAUUAGAGUUUUGACCUCAAUUUCACGGUCCACUGAACACAGAAAAUGAUAGUGCGAGUGGGGCAUCCGUGUACUAUGGACCCAUUCUUGUUUUGACUAUUUUGUUAUCCUCGCAUGUUUUUUUAUGAGCAUUGGAAACAUUUAAUUAUUUCUGCAAACUAUUUGACAGUUUCCUGACAGAAUAUCUGUCUAAGAGUGGUGUGUAAACUUUUGUCGAUAGAUUUCGUUUCUUUAAUUAUAAUAUAGUUAUUUCAAAUUUCUGCUAAAAAUAUUGUUUUUCUACUUGCGUGUCGUGUGCAGUGUAAAUUAUAAUAAAGAUUCACAAUACAGUUAAAUUGAAUUUCAAAGCAAAUGUAAACUACAAAUUAAUGAAAACAGAAGAUGAACCAAGGCCACCCACAAUUAAUCUGAUCAGUACAGUACAUCGAAUGAUUGUUAAACCAUGGCGUGUGGGAAUGCUGGAAGCGUCAAGAAUGAACAUAUGGUCCUUUGGUUUCCAUUGCAAAUUUCAAAUGCAGCAACUUGCAAAAUAGAUUGAACUAUUGCAAGGACCGGAGCACUGUUGAGUUUACAUUCAGUAUAUAAUUUUAAUGAAUUUACAUAAUCUUAUCAAUAAAGUCUUGGAAGUUUGAUAAAUUCUCUUAGACUGAGUGUAUUUAAGAUCUUAAGACAACUACGCUGUAUAUAUCUGCUGUCAUAUUUUAGUGAUUAUAAUAUACUGUACGAAA